ACUCCACCAUCCUCCCUGACACUUGUUGCUGCUGCCUGCGCACCACCGGGAGAGGCCACCUGAACCGCUUCAGCAUUUCCUUUGGGAUUUCCCGCGGGGAGUGAUGAACUCCAUCGACCCUCAGUCCCAUCACCAGCACCACCAACACACCUCCCCUACCGUCGGCUCUCUCCCACCUAAAGGCGCCCAGGAGGCCCCGGACAUGGCCGCUGUCUACUGCGACAACUUCAGCAGCAUGUACCACCAGCAGAGCCUCCAGGGCGCACAGAGACCCGCCGGCUACGGCCUCGGAGAUUACGCAUCGUCUCCAAACCCGUACCUGUGGCUCAACGGGCCGGGAGUGAACUCCUCCGCAUCUUACCUGCACGGUAACAACCCGGCGUCGUUCAUCCCGCCCUCCUACGGCUCGCAGCGGCAGUUCAUAACAAACUCACCUGGCUUUGGCGGGCCCGACCUGGGCUGGUUGUCCAUCGCAAGCCAGGAGGAGCUGCUGAAGCUGGUCCGACCGCCUUACUCCUACUCUGCGCUCAUAGCCAUGGCCAUCCAGAAUGCGCACGAGAAGAAGCUGACCCUGAGCCAGAUCUACCAAUACGUCGCCGACAACUUCCCCUUUUAUAAGAAGAGCAAAGCCGGCUGGCAGAACUCGAUCCGGCACAAUCUGUCUCUGAACGACUGCUUCAAGAAAGUGCCGAGGGACGAGGACGAUCCAGGAAAAGGAAACUACUGGACGUUGGACCCAAACUGUGAAAAGAUGUUUGACAACGGGAACUUCCGCAGGAAAAGGAAAAGACGUUCUGAUCCAAGCAACGCCGGAGGAGCAGCAGUGGCUGCGGCAGCAGGGGCCACAAAAGUGGAGGAUGGCAGGCCAGCUGUGGCGGCCUCCCUGAAGCCUUCAGACAGUCCUCAGCUCCUGGGGCCAUCCUCACCAGAGAUGGAGGCAAUGAACGAGAACCACAAGAGCUCGUCAUCGUCUUCGCCACCGGGACUGUCCUCAGCCGCUCCUUGUUUUAAUAACUUUUACAGCGGCAUGUCGACGCUCAGCUCGGGGGUCCCGAGCCGGCAGGGGUCCCUGGGACUGGUGAACGAGCUGUCGAAUAGGAACAUUACGGCCCUGAGCCCGUACCACCUCAACCACGGCGGGCAGGACACGGGGGCGUCAGAGCACGGCGAGGGCUUGCAUUUCAACCGUGGAGUUUACUACAACACGUUUGGCAGCGGGCAGAGCGGACAGUUCAACAGUCACUUCUACAACAGCUUCAGCGUCAACAGCUUGAUUUAUCCCAGGGAAGGGACAGAGCUAUAGGAGCCGAUUUACCACAACUUCACACUGUUUUAGGGACUUGCUGCUCGGUGAAUCCCCCUCAAACUCACAAAAACACACGUGCGUCAUGCGUUUCAGCAGAGAGGUCAGAGUGCAGGCUGGGUAGCAGCUUCUCUGCACCAUGAACACAACACUUCACUGAUCAGUCCACCGGAGAGAUUAGACAACUAGAGAGAGUAUUUUAGGUGAACUUGAUUCAAUUUGACAAACACUCAAACUGUGGAAACACCAGCCGGAAAGUCAAACAUAAAAUGAGCACUUAUCUUUUUACUCUUUUUCUUUAUGACUAUAUCAAAGCUCCUACUUUGCUCUUAAUGCUAAACUAUACUUGCAAAGUAAGACAACCACUGAACACUAAUUUCUUUUAUAAUAUUUUAAACAUCUAUUUUUACAUUUUUUGGCAGUUUCAACAGAACCUCUCCCUAUCUCUUCUUGUGGUCCAAACCACACAUGUCCAAGAUGUAAAUGUAUUUUUGAUAUUUUGCCAGUUUUGCCAAAUCUAGCCCAUUCAGUACAGUUGAUUACAUAUGUUGAAAACUGUUUAAUUCAUCAUCAACUCAAAUCUGCCAAAGUUGCCUUUGUGAGACCGCCAUUACCUCAAAACAACAAUCAAGUGAGAUGAAAGUGCCCUGCUAUGAAGGGUUUACCUGUAUAUUUAGACAGUUUCCAAAUGCAGUAACAAUUGAUUUAAUACGAAUAUAAUCCGAGACAGGCCUUGCCUUAUUUUUAUAUCCUUCAUGUUGACUGAACCCACAGCACUAUGGCUCCUGUAAAUACAUCUGGACUUUAUAAAUGUGUAUUUUUGUAAAUUAUAAAGAUAGUUUGUGACUAUUUAUGCUAUUUAUGCUAAUAGGCAUUGUUUUCUACUGUUGUCUGAACAUAGUUUGAUUAAAGCAGAAGUGAAUAAUAUUAGCUUACAAAAUGGGCCGAAAACAGUAUCACUAAAAUCCAGAUGUCAUAAAUAUAUAUAUAUAUAUUAAAAACUAUAUGCUAUAUCAUGGUUUCUCUCAGGAUUCAGUGUGACAAUCAUUGAAUGGCUUUUGUAUCUAUUUUUGUCUUUUUUUUAAUCUU